GAUUCUAAUAGAUAUAUUUUUCAGUAUUUCUCUAUUUAUGUAAUGUAUGAGUAUGUGUAUAAGUAUGAAAGACAUUGCUCAACAAAUCUAAAAUGAUUGAAACGACAAAACAGAACUGGGUCCACACACAAAUCUUGUCACUCCAAUAUAUAUGGACUAUAUUCUUUCCAUUUACGUAGCCAAAUGAACUCCACAAGCUACUUUCACUCAUUGCUCUAAUAUAUGGGCCCUUACAACUAGAUCAAAUUCAUAUCAUAUAAUUAUCAAUCAAUAUUUUCAACUCUCUCUUUCUCCAAACUCUGUAUAUUCUUUCUCCAACAUGUGAAAAAGAGCAAAAAAACACAGUUAGAUAGAACUGUUUUGAGUUCUUGCUAAAAAUGAGUCAGUGUGUUCCUAGUUGGGAUGUUGACGAAAAUCCACCACCACUACCAAGAACUCUUUCUCUUCGUUCUAGCUCUAAUUCAACUGCCACUCUUGAUGUUCCCAUGUUAGACUAUGAUGUUGCAGAACUUACAUGGGAAAAUGGACAAAUUUCUAUGCAUGGCUUAGGGUUACCGAAAGUGCCGGUUAAACCACCUUCAACAACUGCAGCAACCAAUCCCUCCAAGGAAACAUGGGAAAAGCCCGCUCGUGCGAGUGGUACCUUAGAGUCCAUAGUAAACCAAGCAACUAGCUUUCCACACCGUGGAAAAUCACCCUUUCUCGCCAGUGGUGGUGUCUACGGGAACAUGUUAGUCCCAUGGCUUGACCCACAUCGUGCAGCAGCCAUCGCUGCCGCUGCCAACGGCCUAACUGUUGAUACGCUGGUUCCCUGCUCCAAUAUCACAAAGGAGCAGAGAAGUCAGGCAAUGGAUCCAAUCCCCAGAGGAGGGAUUGGAUCAUGCAUGGUUGGUGGUCCUACACCUGUAGGGUCAUGUAGCGCUGUCGUGGCCGAGGAAGGUGGACUCCUUGCUGCGGCAAAGCGUGGAAGAGUGGCACAGGUGGCGGGGAGCGGUAGGGAUCAAAGUUUGAGUAACAGCGCAACUUUUGGGAGGCAAAGUCAGCAAGUUACAUUAGAUACGUACGACAGGGAAUUUGGUAAGACUGGUUUCACUUCAACUUCAGUAGCAUCAAUGGAUAAUACAAGCUCUGAAAAACAGUGCACCAGGACCACCACCGUAGAUGACCAUGACUCUGUUUGCCACAGCAGACCAACAAGGAAGGAUGCUGACGAGGAUGAGAAAAAGAGAGAAGCUCGAAAAUCAUCCGUGUCCACAAAAAGGAGUAGAGCUGCAGCUAUUCACAACCAAUCUGAAAGGAAAAGAAGGGAUAAGAUAAAUCAAAGAAUGAAGACAUUGCAAAAGUUGGUCCCAAAUUCCAGCAAGACAGAUAAAGCUUCAAUGUUGGAUGAAGUGAUAGAAUAUCUAAAACAAUUGCAAGCACAAGUGCACAUGGUGAAUAGAUUCAACAUGUCGUCGAUGAUGAUGCCGAUGACCAUGCAGCAACAACUUCAAAUGUCGAUGAUGAAUCCAAUGGGCAUGGGAAUGGGGAUGGGUAUGGCCGGGAUGGGCAUGGGCAUGGGGAUGCCGGGCAUGGGAAUGGAUAUGAACACCAUGAAUCGAGCUAACAUUCCUGGAAUGCCGCCCAUUCUCCAUCCUUCUGCAUUCAUGCCUAUGGCUGCUUCAUGGGAUGCCGGAGGCAGUAGCGACCGACUUCAAGGACCUCCACCAAACGGGAUGGCUGACCCUCUCUCCACAUUUUUUGGAUGCCAAUCACAGCCCAUGACCAUGGAUGCCUAUAGUAGGAUUGCUGCCAUGUAUCAGCAUAUGCAACAACAACAACCUCCAGGAGCACCAGGUUCAAAGAGUUGAGCUGCAAGUUAGUGUUCUAGUUGUGUGUUAAUUAAUUAGCAGCAACUGGAAUAAUAAAUAUAUAUUAUGUAUUUAUUCUUUUUGUGAGAAACUAAAAUGUAUAUUAGCUCCAAUACAGGUGUUAUGAGAAUAAAUAUACUGCUUUACUCUUGGGGGAUGUAUAACUUAAAAAGAUUAAUUAGAUUGUUUUCUUUGUUAUUUUACCUUCAAUAUAUGCAAAGUUCAUUGAACUUGAGAUUCUAA